GAAGCCAGUCACUCAAUGCCAGCAAGAGCCUUUAACUCUGCUGCUUUUGGGCGAGGACACACACUCCAAGGGUGAACUUGGACACUUACCCUGAGUGGAAGGCACAGGGGAGGGUUUUGUGGCACCAUCUAACUUGCUUUACAGACGCAGGACCUGCUGCAGGAGCCGCUUCUACCCUGCAGCCCCGAAUGCCACAAUUUUAAGUCCUUGGAAGAUCUUCUCGGCACCCAAGAACCGGCAUGCCAGGGCACCUGCUGCAAGAAGAGAUGACUCCUUCCUACACCACCACCACCACCAUCACAGCGCCUCCCUUCGGAAACCUGCAGAAUGGACGGGAGAAGCCGAAGACGGUGCCCCUCUACCUGGAAGAAGACAUCCGUCCCGAAAUGAAAGAAGAUAUACACGACCCCAGCUACCAGGAUGAGGAGGGGCCCCCGCCCAAGCUGGAGUACGUCUGGAGGAACAUCAUCCUCAUGGCCCUGCUGCACGUGGGAGCCCUGUACGGGAUCACGCUGGUUCCCUCCUCCAAGGUCUACACCUUGCUCUUCGCACUCGCCUACUUCAUGAUCAGUAUUGAGGGCAUCGGAGCUGGAGCUCAUCGCCUAUGGAGUCACAGAACGUACAAGGCACGCCUGCCCCUGCGGAUCUUCCUCAUCAUUGCCAACACCAUGGCUUUCCAGAACGAUGUGUAUGAGUGGGCCCGAGAUCACCGCGCCCACCACAAGUUCUCAGAAACACACGCUGACCCUCACAAUUCCCGCCGUGGCUUCUUCUUCUCUCACGUGGGUUGGCUGCUUGUGCGCAAACACCCAGCUGUCAAAGAGAAGGGCGGAAAACUGGACAUGUCUGACCUAAAGGCUGAGAAGCUGGUGAUGUUCCAGAGGAGGUACUACAAGACUGGUAUCCUGCUGAUGUGCUUCAUCCUGCCCACGCUGGUGCCCUGGUAUUGCUGGGGUGAAACUUUUCUACACAGUUUCUAUGUUGCCACUUUACUGAGAUAUGCCAUAGUGCUCAACAUGACCUGGUUGGUGAACAGUGCCGCCCACCUUUACGGGUAUCGCCCCUAUGACAAGAACAUUGAUCCCAGGGAGAAUGCCCUGGUUUCCUUGGGAAGUCUGGGUGAGGGCUUCCACAACUACCAUCACGCCUUCCCCUACGAUUACUCUGCCAGUGAGUACCGCUGGCACAUCAACUUCACCACGUUCUUCAUCGACUGCAUGGCUGCCCUGGGCCUGGUUUAUGACCGGAAGAAAGUUUCCAAGGCUGCUGUCUUAGCCAGGAUUAAAAGAACUGGAGACGGGAGCCACAGGAGUGGCUGAGUUUGGAGUCAUUCCAUUCCAAAAGCCAGCUAGACAGGGGUUUAAUAAUGUCUUUUAACUGCUGAAAAGAAGUACCCAUGUUGUACAGAGUCCCAUUUCAAGACAAUAUUCUUGUAGAAUACUCAAAUAGUAAAAGGCCAAAAACUUUCUCUUAUGAUGCUAAGCAGAAACUUCUGUUCUUAGUCUUGUGUUCAAGGGACCUUUUUAUUGCCUAAUCUUUCUGAUUACUUUACUGCCUUUCCAGUAGAGCUGCAGGUGAGAGAUAGGUUGGAAUAGACCUUUGAAAACGCAGCAAAUGUUUUAAAUUAAAGAACCCCACCGAUAAUGCUCUUUCCUUGAUCUCUCUUGAGCCUCAAGGUAGGUGCCUUGAGCUAAAUCCAAUCAGAUCUUUCUGAAUGUUCUCUGUUAAUUUCCAUCAGACCACAGAAAAAAUGAAAGCACGCACACACACACACACACACAAAUACAUACACACGCACCACCAAAAAGACAACAGAAAACGUAUCCCUUCCUUGGCACCGAGCUUGCAUUGCAUUAAAAUAUCAGGGAGGAGAGCUACCACACCAGGUAGGAUCCUAAAGCAGGGAUGGCGCUGCAUGGAAUGAGUUAUACAAGUGUUCUCUCUGUGGUCAGACCCGCUGCUUCCCAAGCAGACCUGGAGCCCGCCACACAGCAUCCUUCCUUUCUGUCUUGAGUCCCAGAGCUUGGGAAUGAAACUCUUCCCAUUUCAAGACAAAGAUAGAGAGGUUGAAGGAUAGCGUUGGUAGGCAGAUUGUGAGAGGUAACCUUCUCAGGGAAAGCUGUUUGGGUUGAAGAUUUCCUGAGCAGGGCCUUGGUGUCCUUCUGAAACACUUUCAAAGCUGGGUCCCUUUCUUAGUCCAGGUUGCUCCUUGGACUGAUAAGAUUCAGGUAUUCCUGCACGGUGUCUUGCUUAUUGCCUCAUUCCUUCCUAUUAAGUGUUAUGUUCGCGACUAUCCUAGGUUAGUGAAUCUCUGUUGCAUAUAAUUGGUUGGACAAAACAACUGGAAGAUGCAACGCAGGCUGCUUAGUUUUCAUCAACAGUCUUCCUCAGUUGUGGAUGCUGUAUUCAACAGACUGACUGGUCAGGCAACGUGCCCACCAGUACAAUAGAAGCAAGUCUGGUAGGUGGGUAACCCACUAGUUCAUGAGUAGAUGCGAGACCCGCUCCCCAGAAAGCCCGUGGCUGGGGGCCAGUGAGAUAGCUCAGCAGGGAAGGGAGAUUGCAGCAAAAAUUUGAGGACCUAAGGUCAAUCCUGAGACUGUGCAAAAAGCUGAAUGUAGUAGUGCAUUUCUGUAAUCCCAGUACAUCCAUGGAGAGAUGGGAGGCACAGAAAGGAGAACUGCCUAGAAGCUUGCUUGACAGCCAGCUGGGAAUAGCUGGGCAAGAGAGACCCUGCCACGAAAACAAGGUAAAAGAACUGACUCCCAAAAGUUGU